GCCUUACCACAAACCAAAACAARCGAAGAAAUGAUCAAAGCACUCGUGGAAAUAAAAAAUUCGUGUGAUAAGCAGAUUUUUACAGCAGAUACGGGAACAAAAGGCCACAGGAGUGGUUGUACUCCCGGACUGGCCGACUCAAUCCUGGUAUCCUCAGGCAAUAAGAAUGUGCUUGAGGCCUCCAAUCCGCCUAACCCCGGACAAAAAGCUGUUGACCAUCCCAGGUCGACCGCAAGACCUUCAYCCGCUGCACAACUCACUCAAGCUAAUGAUAUGCCUAUUAUCAAACAACAGUUAAACUCGACAGGACUGUCACACGAUACCGUCCAGGUUAUCAUGGCUUCUUGGCGAUCAUCUACCUCAAAACAAUACAAUACUUACUUAAAACGUUGGGUAGAUUAUUGUCAGGAACACCAAAUUAAUCUAGCAAAUGCUUCCAUUCAUACCGGUCUUGAUUUUCUAACCACACUCUAUAAGCAAGGGUUAGGUUACAGCGCCAUUAACACAGCUCGUUCUGCACUGUCAUCCGUAAUUUCAUUGGGAGAGAAAACCACUUUCGGGGAGCACCCAUUGGUUACCCGGUUUUUAAAAGGGAUAUUCGAACUUAAGCCGUCCCUCCCACGUUACACGAUAGUAUGGGAUGUAGGCACAGUUCUGGAUUAUUUCUUGUCUUUACCUCCCUUACCGGAAUUAACCCCAAAACAGCUCACGCUCAAAUUAGUAACCCUUAUUGCAAUCAUAACAACUCAACGAUGUCAGACUUUAGCAGCAAUAGAUUUAAAUUUCACGCAAUCCCUCCAUGACAAAUUAAGUUUCACGUURCCGGAUAAACUUAAAACAACACGACCGGGCACACAUCUGAAACCUAUUGAGAUAAUUGCMUAUCCACAAGAACCUAGGCUUUGUCCAGUGAUGCACAUUAAUCACUAUAUUACCCUAACUCAACAACGCCGUAAUAGUUCAAAAUUGUUUAUAAGUUACGUAAAACCAUUCARCGCAGUCACCCCAGAGACCAUUGGCCGAUGGAUUAAGACUUCGCUCAUGGACGCCGGCAUCGAUGUUGAAAGAUUCUCAGCUCAUAGUAGCAGGACUGCUUCGUCAUCCUAUGGUCUAUCUUCAGGGCUUAAUAUCCAAGACAUAUUGAAGGCUGGCGGCUGGUCUCGAGCCCAAACAUUUGCCAAGCACUACAAUAAACCUAUAGACACUAAUUUCGGGAAUCAUAUUCUCCAAACCUUUACCAAUAAUAAUCAAACAGAAAAUGCAUAAUUAAAUAUAUAUGAAACUCAUUUUUCAUCUUAUACCAUCAUGUAUUUCAUUGUCUUAAUAAACUGUUUUCACCGAUUGCACAUGUGUCUACUCGUGCACAGUGAUAGUGGACCUUGAGAUAGCCACGCUCUCACUCGCAUGUCUUUGAAAUCUCAUGUUACUCCGUAGUGACGUAGGACUGAUGACGAGAUAGAAUUAUCCAAUUAAACGAGACUUACCUGUAAGUUGAAGUUUGAUUUGGAUUCUAUCUUGUCAUCAGUCCGGAACGAAGGAGUAACAUGCCCACCCUAUGCUUUUGCAUUCGGUCCCYCCCUACUCCUUCGUUCCUCAUCCGAGUGAGAGCGGGCAGUACUUUAAAAUAUGGCUCGAAGCAAGCGCGCGUGCUUCUCAUGUUACUCCUUCGUUCCGGACUGAUGACAAGAUAGAAUCCAAAUCAAACUUCAACUUACAGGUAAGUC